AUGUCGAUCGAGGUUAAGAAGAUUCCCGUGGAAGCCCACAACAGCGUAGGGAAAGUGGAACGGUAUCAUGUACCACUACGCCGCGCCUACGAGAUUCUCAGAGAAGAGCUCAAGGAUGAGAAAAUCGACAGAGAGAUGAUCCUACAGAUGGCUGUUAAAGCUAUUAAUGACUCAGCCGGACCAAAUGGAAUUGUCCCGACGUUGCUUGUCUUCGGAGCAUACCCGAGAAUGACCGAGAUAGAUCUACCAUUACCUUCGGUAGUCAAGAGAGCUGAAACUAUCCGUACUGCAACUAGAGAGGUCCGUCGCCUACAUGCGGAACACCAGGUGAAGGACGCUCUCGCCAUGCGCAACAGCCCUAGUACCAUUACUACAUUGAACCUACCGUUACAGUCAGAUGUCCGAGUCUGGCGCGAGAAAGGUGGAUGGAAGGGCUCAUACAAGCUUUUAGCAGUAGAUGGAGAGACUUGCACUGUAGAUAUGUUAUAUGGACCUACGAAAUUCCGAUCAACUGUUGUCAAUCCCUACUAUAGGGAGGAGUUUCUGGAGGAAGAGAGAGACCAACAUCGUGUUAGACCAGAGAACAACCCAGUGGAUGAAAUUGUUGAUUCGAAAUAUACUGAUCUAGCCGAAAUCCAACGACGAGGUCGAGGACGAUCACCAGGAUCAAAGAACAAACCGAAGCCGCAGGUAACCAUACGGCGGAAUAAUCGACGAAAGGCUGCUAAUUAUCAAGAUAUUGAAGAUCAAUUCAUUAACGCUAUCCAGGAAGGACAAGACAUUUCAAUGGCACUUAUAACAAGCAAAGAACGAGCCGACAUGGAACUAUCUAUCAAGUUGAGAAAUGAAGGUAUCAUUACGACCCCUGGAUCGCCAUUCGAGCAGUCCCAGAGCAAGGAAAUUGAAGGACUGAUAGCCAGAGAAGUGUUCAACUUCGUGCAAUAUGACCCAAUCAAACAUGCUGGCGUACGCAUCUUUAUUUUACGUCUAGUUAAUGAGAUUAAGGGCAAGGCCACGGGUACACCUUUCGAGAAAUCACGACUCGUUAUUCAGACCUACAAUGACGAAGGAAAGGAGAUAAUUCUCACCCAAUCUCCGACGAUUCAGCGAGCCAGCUAA